CAUUAAAUCUAUGGGAAACACUUACAAAAUUCUGUAUUCAUCAUCAAGUACCAACAUCAACUACAUGGAAAUUUGUUGAUAAAACAUAUGCUUUAUUAUUUGGAAAAGUAUCAGAUUUAAAUUCCCGUAUAAAACAAAGUGCAAUAAAUUUAUUCAUCUUACUUGCAAAAAAAUAUCAUGGACCAAUUCAUUCGAUAACUUUAUUGGUUCUUAAACCUGCUAAAUUUAAUAAUCAACCUCCAAAACAAUCAAAAGCUAAAGUUGAACUUGUAACAAGAUUAGUGGAAGAAUUUGGUAUUGCUUUAGAUUCUCCAAAAGGAAAAUGUGAUAAAGAUCUUGGUUUAAAUCUUGAGUCUGUCAUGCAAGUUUCCGUAUCUUACUUAAAUAAUAAUAACGGUGAAGUACGUGAUUCUGCCGUAAAACUUGUAGUUGAAGUUGUUAAACGCGUUGGUCGAGAAAAG